UGGAAUAUAUAUAUAUAUAUAUAUAUAUUAAUGAUGAAACAGUAAACAGAUCUACUUAACGGUCAAAUUCCUUGACGGGUAGAGGGACAGAACAUGGUCGCCGGCGAGCCGGGCGCGGUCGUCCCUAGGCUGAAGAGAGAAGACUGUAAGCACACCAAACACGACCGCCAAUUUUCUAGAUGGGAGAUUCUGGUUGGACCAUCUGAUUGGGAAGACUACUCUCUGGGAAAGGAAGGAGCCGAAAGGUACAGGGUUCAUAAUCUCCCCAAAGAUUCAGGUCCAGGAGUAUAUGAACUUGGCAUUGCUGUAUCUCGGACUGGUUUAGGCCGUGAGAUAGGCAAGCUUGUCCCUGAACGGAUAGUUGUCGUUUACCUCGGACAAGCUGAUAGUGUGAGGACUCGACUUCAGCGUUAUGGCCGUAGUGGUGCUCAUCUGGGCAAUAGCUACUCGUCUGGUAUCCCCACUGACUCUAAAGCAGCUCUGCAGAAGGGACCUGGAUUGUUUGAGGAGAUUCUCAUAAGCGGCUAUCCAAUUGUCUUUAGAUGGGCACCUAUGCCGAGCAAAAGUGAUGCAAUAAGAACAGAAACAAAACUGCUCAACACAUUUGAUUAUGCAUGGAACACAAGCAUUAAUGGCUCAAGACGCCCCAAUGAUAUCAUUCAAAAAUUGAAGAAAAUUUCUCUGUCUACUACCUGCUUUUAUGAUGGUGUCCUUAGGCUUGUACCUUUCAGUCAAAAGCAAGUGGGUAUAAGAAUCGAAGCAAGAAAAUUGCCUUCAACUGAGAACAAAUUCAGUUCUCAUGUUGAAGAUGAGAACCACAAUCUCCUUUCUCGAGUUUUCAAGUUUGGAAGGUCUCAGCCAAGGUUGGUUUUGGAUAGAAGUACCAUUACUGAGGACAGGACUACCAUUUGUGGUGUUGUUUUGGGUCAUGAUUCCAUUUGUAGAAGGCCACCAGUUGAAGGAAGGAAAAGAUGUGCUGAUCACAAAGGGAUGAGGAUUAAAGGGGCGGUUAAGGUUGAGAUAUCGAAUAGCAAUGUCCACCCACAAUCUGAUUGUGCAGCACCAAGAUCUAGCCACGAUGACUCAAAAGGGCUUUCACAGGUUACAGUCAACUAUCUUACCAGUGAGCGCUUCACUCCUACUUGUGGAUUCAUCUUAGUCGAUGGGUCUCCUUGCAGAAGUCAGCCAAUUAAAGGAAACAAAAGGUGUGUUGAGCAUAAAGGAAAGAGAAUUCAUAAACCCAACUCUGUCCCAGUCCAAAAUGGAAAAAUAGAUUAUCUUCAAUUAGUGAUUUCCUAAUAUUUUAAAAGGGAAAUUUCCAACUCUGAGAAACUUCAAGGUGAAGUUUUUUUUCUUUUUUCAAAGAGCUCGAACAAUAACUGGGGUACACAAUGGGAUGGGGGUGACAUAUUUACCUCCAAGUUCAGCUACACAAAACAAAAUCGCAAUUGUGGUUUCAAGACUACUAAUUUAUCAUUCCCUUUCCCUUACAUGGGGAGCAAUCACAGCUGAUUGUUCUUGUUCAAAUAAAAGGUGCUUGUUUCUAUUAUGGUUUUUGUUCAAUUACUUCACAUAAUUCUAGACUUAUUUUGAUAAUGGAAUGAAUGCAUGUGAGCAAUAAUAAAUCAUAGAGCAGAAGAGUUAUUCUGCUUUAUUUAUAGUUUA